AUGGAUAUCCUUGCCACUUUAGAUCCCAAUGAUCUCUUCUCUGCCAAGGGCCUCGUCGUCGUCAUUACAGGCGGAGGCAGUGGGAUUGGCCUCGCCAUAACCUCGUGUCUAAGCCAAUCUGGUGCCGCCCGUGUUUAUAUCCUCGGCCGGCGCCUAUCUACACUCCAGGAAGCUGCUAGGAGCGUCGGUGGUGCUGUUGUACCCAUACAAUGCGAUAUCACUAACUGUUCUUCUGUUUCCGCCGCUGUUGCGAAGAUAGAAGACGAAAUUGGCUAUAUUGAUGUUUUAAUCAAUAAUGCCGGUGUGCAGGGCCCCGAUCACAAGCCUGCUAGAGAUGCGGAAACAAUCGAGGACCUGCAGAAGAUCUUGCUCAUCGAUCCAGAAGGAUGGCAGCCUACCUUCGCAGCUAAUUCAAGUGCAGUUGUUGGAGUCUCAGCCGCUUUCCUGAAACUUCUUGAUGCCGGAAACAGACGGCGGGGCUGGGAAGGAGGCAAGAUCCCUUUGGGACGAUCUCGACAGCGCGAUAUCACAGGCUUCACGGACGAUGAGAGAAGUAGCCAGAUAAUAACAGUCGGGAGUAUAUCUGGCCUUAAUCGCUUCAUAACAGCGGGGUUAGCCUAUGGCGCGAGCAAGGCUGCAUCAAUUCAUUUGAGUAAGAUGUUGGCCUACUUAUUGGCACCGUGGGGAAUUAGAAGUAACGUGAUAAACCCUGGAGUGUAUCCUUCAAGCAUGACAGCUGGAACCAAAGACAAUUACAGCUACAUGGAAGUCCCCGCUGGUCGGAAAGGUGGCUAUCGGGAUAUUUGUGGUGUCGUUCUGUAUCUUGUAGGGAAGGCCGGAGCUUAUGUCAAUGGCAGCAUGGAGAAUACAGAUGGAGGCCGCCUGAGCGUGAUGCCUGCAACAUAUUAA